CCAUAUUCCGGUCUUUUACUAUUUUGAUUUUCAUUGUCUUUCAGCGGACCAAAACGCUCCGACUUCCUAAUGACAUGAGUUAUUUGUUAAACCCAAUCCAUCGGAGCAGAAUCCCCCGUUUUCUAAAAAUUUCCCAAAUCGCUUAUUUUACCUUCCAAUUUCCCUUCUUCAGAAACCCUAACCGUGGUUUUCAGCAAGUUUUCCCAGUCUCAGAAUCUGCAUCAGGGUUUGUGAAAGAACCAUGUCGAGAGCGUUAAGCUGGAGACACCAUGUCGUGGUUCAAUCUCUGUUGUCGCGGGGCCCACUCAGCGAGAAGGACUUCCACGCCAUGUUUGAAGAGCUCACCAAGAGAAACCCAGGUACUGAGCGGCAGCUGCUCGAUGGUUUUAUUCUGAAAAUCAACAAGGCGCUUAGUUGUGCUAAUUUUGAGUUGCGUGCCUGCAUAAAUCAAUAUGAUGGCCAAGUUUAUUAUGGGGUGGUCAAUACCGUUUCUGAUGAACAUUCCAAGUUAGGGACGAAGUAUAGUGUUCCGCAAAUUGCCUUUUACAAGGCCAUUAUUGAAGCAAUAGUACAGGAUGCCUCUGCAAAAGGUGUUAUCUUCAACAUCCAUGCUCUCAAUCUUAGUUUGGAUGGCCAGGUUACAAUUAUGACAGAUCCACAAUCACAAGGAAGCCAGUCAAAUGUUCCAUCUACUUUGAAAAAUUUGAGUUUGUCUCAAAAAGAGAAAACCCUGAAUGAACUUGUAGAGGACCAGUGGCUUAAUUUGACAACAGAGGGUGUUAUUAAACUUGGUUUGAAGUCAUUUCUUGAUCUUCGCAGUUGGUUUCGAAAUAAUGAUGUUCCAUCCUGUCAUGUUUGCAAUGAAGCUGGAAUAAAGGCUGAGUUGUGCCAAAAUGAAAAUUGUACUGUGCGAAUUCAUCAGUAUUGCCUGAAGCAACUUUUCUUGCAGGGAAAGGUUGCCAAAGUUUGCCCAAGUUGUGGGACUUCCUGGCCAUAUACUGUACCGAAGGAGGCCUUGCGGAUGGAAGAUGACAGUGAACCUAGACAAAGUCAACGGGUGACCAGAUCUGAUCGAAAUAGGCGAAGUGCUAACAGGGUUGUUGUUGAUGAUGAAGUUGGAUGCAGUAAUCAGGAUGAGCUGAAUGAAAAUAGAGAAAUCCAGAAUGGUAAUGUACGGAAAAGAAGAGGACGCCAAACAGAUAAUGCAGAAACAGGAGGAUCUGGUGCAUCACAAUCUUCAGCAGCCAUUUCGGGUUUGAGAAGAGUAACUCGAAAUUCUACUCGUCUGAAGUAAACAAUGGUGCUUUACACUGCUUUUUGGGGAAGCACUGUACAUUUUUCUGCUGACUGCUGUAAUUUAUGCUGAACUUUUGAGGAUAUUUGUAUGGACUUUUGUUGUAAAUGCAGUUAGCUAGUUUUAGUGACUAUUUGUAAACCAGCAAUCUUAUGUUAUUCCUCUGGCGUGAAAGGACAAACCUCUAGCAAAUACAGUGUAAAUUCGUCCCUUGUGUCAAAA